CGUUUUACGGCAAGCAUGUCUGCUCCUUUGAAAGCUUGUUGUUAGCUGGAUAAAUAUUUACACAAUUUCACGCUCUGCUUAAAUAUCCAAGCUUGAGCAAAACAUUUUCACCUUUAGGUUUUUAUUCCGGAGAUAUGGAUGUUGGGGAGCUCCUUAACUAUCAGCCUGACAGAGGAGCAAAGCGUCCCAGGGACGGGGAUGGCGGAUCAGCAGGAGGAGAUGAAGACUCCAGGGGAGGGAAGCAGCAGAAGGGGCUGAGUGCCAGGGAGUUGGCCAGAUACCGGGAAGCAGCAGCUGCAGCCGGAGUAGGGAUUGAUGUUGGGGGUGAAAUGAGGGACACUGAGGAGCUGUCUGGGGACAAGAAAAAGAUCCUGGAGAAACUAAUGGACCAGGAUGAAGAGGAACCUGAGGCAGAGCCGGUGGACGAGAGUUCAGUGAAGAAAAUGAUCCUAACCUUUGAGAAACGGUCGUAUAAAAAUCAGGAGCUGAGGAUUAAGUUUCCAGACAGCCCAGAGAAGUUCAUGGAGUCUGAGCUGGAUCUGAACGACAUCAUCCAGGAGAUGCAUGUGAUCGCCACAAUGCCCGACCUGUACCACCUGCUGGUGGAGCUCAACGCUGUCCACUCCCUGCUGGGCCUCCUCAGUCAUGAGAACACUGAUGUUGCCAUAGCAGUGGUGGACCUGCUGCAGGAGCUGACAGAUAUCGACACACUCCAUGAAAGCGAGGAGGGGGCCGAGGUACUCAUAGACGCUCUGUUGGAGGGUCAGGUGGUGGCCCUGCUGGUGCAGAACAUGGACCGGCUGGAUGAGCAGGUGAAGGAGGAGGCUGAUGGCAUUUUUAACACACUGGCUAUCAUCGAAAAUAUGGCAGAGUUCAGACCAGGCCUGUGCACAGAGGCUGCCCAGCAAGGACUCAUGCAGUGGCUGCUCAAGAGAAUCAAGGCAAAGAUGCCUUUUGAUGCUAACAAGCUGUACUGCAGUGAAAUCCUGGCUAUCUUGCUGCAAAACAAUGACAAUACCAGAGAACUGUUGGGAGAGAUGGAUGGCAUUGAUGUGUUACUGCAGCAACUAUCUGUAUUCAAACGUCACAACCCGUCCACAGCCGAGGAGCAGGAGAUGAUGGAGAACCUCUUCGAUGCUCUGUGUUCCUGCCUCAUGCUGCCAGCCAACCGGGACCGCUUCCUCAGAGGGGAGGGGCUCCAGCUGAUGAAUCUCAUGCUCAGGGAAAAGAAAAUGUCCCGGACGAGUGCUAUGAAGGUCCUGGACCACGGGAUGAUUGGACCGGAGGGAGCAGAUAACUGCCAUAAAUUUGUGGACAUCCUGGGCCUCCGGACCAUCUUUCCACUUUUCAUGAAAACCCCCAAGAAGAUGAAGAAAACUGGUGCUUCAGAGAAAGAGCAUGAAGAACACGUCUCCUCCAUCAUCGCCUCCAUGCUGAGAAAUCUCAAGUCCCAACAGAGAAGCAGACUGUUCACCAAAUUUACAGAGAACGACUGUGAGAAGGUUGAUCGGCUGAUGGAGUUGCAUUUUAAGUACCUGGAGGCUGUUCAACAGGCUGACAAGAGGAUCGAAGGAGAGAAACAUGAGAUGGUUCGGAGGGGGGAGAUCCUGGAUGACGGUAUGGAGGACGAGUUCUACCUCCGCCGCCUGGACGCUGGACUCUUUGUCCUUCAGUUGAUCUGCUACAUUAUGGUGGAGAUCAGCAACUCAGGAAUAUCUCAGCUUCAGCAGAGGGUCCAUCAAAUUCUCAACCUGAGAGGAGGCUCCGUCAAAGUAGUGCGUCACAUCAUGAGAGAGUAUGCUGAGAGCAUCGGAGACGGGAAGAGUGAAGAGUUCAAAGAGGCCGAGAGGAAGAGGAUCAUGGACCUGGUUGAGAACUUCUAAAAAUGUGUUCUUCUGCUCUAAUACACAAAGAAUAUGUUCUUACAUGUGGGAACAUCAAGGUCACAUCCACCAAGAGCCUGUAACAUAAUAAAGUCAGUGAGCAUGUUUACAUCUACAGGAACACUGUGGUUACUAGUUUGAAUUUACAAAUUCUUUAGUUACAAAAACAUUGAAAAACCUGAUUUACUUUGUCUAAAUCGAUGAAUCUAUCAUCUAAAAAGCAGAAUCUGAAUGUGCAGGAGGGGUUCAGUGAUUGCUGUGCAUGUAAACUUGCUCACUGUAGAAUCAGUCAGAGUCUAGUUUGGAGAGCUGAGGAUUGUAGCUCGACUGAAACAGAGAAAAUUAGAUAUCUCCAGAGCGACUGUGGAUAAUUACAGACAGACUUUGCAGACAUCUGCAAACUUAAUGUCCCUCCCUGGGCUCUGCCGCUUUACCUGCUUUGUUUGUUUUGGAUUUGAGUGUAAAAUAUUUUCUAAUAAAACAUUUGGUAAUAAAAAUCUGA